AGUUUGACGAUGAACAGGGUUUUGUUGACGGACAGAAUUCUGACAAUGAAGAGGGAUUUGUUGAUGAAUGGGGUUCUAACAAUGAACAGAAUUCUGGUGAUGAAUUGGAUUUUGAUUCUUUGAAUAAGGAUAGCCAAGAUCCAAAUAAUUUAUUAACGUGGAAGUUUAGUAAACAAGUAGCCACAUUUACUUCUGAAGAAAUUGAAGAAAUUGAGAUGUUUUUUAAUACUAUAUUAAUUUUAAAUUUAUUAGAUACAUUGAUGCAACAAUUUCUUAAAGGAGUUCCACUUCCAGAAUUACACCCAUCAUUGAAUAAUCGAUCUAAAAUUGAGCAUAUGAUUGCAACAAGGCGUCAUGCUGAACAUCCGUAUAGUCAAGAUAUUAUGGGUGUUGUAUACAUGCUUUUAAAGCAAAAACAGGAUGAAAAAGAUAAUCCUUAUAUUAGAUCUAUUCAUAUGAGCUUUAAACGUGUACAUGGACCAAUUAAUGAAUGGGAGGUAUGUGCUUAUAUAGAAAAAUAUCAAAAAACUUUGGUAUUUGCACAUGCUUUUACUAUCCUUCAAACAGCAGAUACAAUUGGAUGUAUCUUAGCUGAUGAGCAUUAUGGUCAAGCAUUGG